AUGAAAAUGGUGGCCAUUUUUUAUGAAGUGUUAACCAAAAACAACCAAAAGACGAAAUUCUUUUAUAAAUACUCGACAGCCAAACUUGAUUACAAGUUGGACAAUAUAAAUGAAUUUUACAAAUGGGUAAAAUCGUUGAGAGAAUUCACUUAUCAUUGGAAGUUUCAUGAUAUCACUACCAUUCUCGACCCUCUGGCAUUGACUUCAGAAGAAAACUAUAUUGUAAAAAAUGCAAUAAAGAAAAGUUUGAAUAAUACAUUGAAGAAUAGCAUUGAAUAUGAAUUUUACGCAGUGGAUAUGUACAACAGUUUAAAAAGUGAAUUCAUGGAUAAAUAUUCAUCAGGAUACAAAAAAAAACUAUGGAGGAAUACAUAUGUGGAUUUGUAUUGUACAGACAUAAUUGGUAUGAAAAACAGAUUUAUUAAACUAAUCAACAUCGAAUACUAUAGUACUGAUACGUCAAUGUUACCUAUUUUCACGAAUAGCUAUUUCAUAUCAAAGAUACAGACCUGUUUACAUCCAUUCUUACUAAACGAAAUCACCAGAGUACUUUUAGAACAAUUGACAGAAACAAGGGGAACCAUUAAAUUGACACCGUUUAAAUAUGUAAAAUUGAUUUCAGAUACUAUAAGAGAUAACAGAUAUAUGCAAAAUCUGUUUGAGGUAGAAAUCCGGAAAUGUAGUCAUUGUGAUUCAACCUUCCAUAGUACCAAAAAUUGCAACUCAAGGGCAGCAAUUAAUCUUAGGCAGAAUGAAUAG